GAGCCAUGAUGAACACGUGUGGAACUGAUCAUAACACACUGCGGACACAUGCAAUCACCUGAUCGGCCUCAACCUUAGCUUCAGAAAAGAAAGGGGCACCAAGGCCAACUGAAAGGCACAAUGCAGGCUAGGUGUGAAUAAAAAUUUUUAAAAAUGAAGUCAUCUGGAGGAGGAAGGGGGCCCGGAGGCCAAGACAGAGGGCCCCAGAACCUGAGUCGCGCCAAGGUUGCUGUACACAAAAUGAUGCUGAAAACAGCAGAGAGCAAUAAGAAAACGACCAACAAUAAAAACAAAAGCAGGGCUAAGGUGGAUCCUAGGGAAUCCAUGUUCAAGGGCCCUCAAGGACUGUCAAGGAAGGAGAGGCGGAGGCAAGCAAAACAGGAGAAGAAGUCCAAGAUGAUUGCUCUCCAUUCCAAGAAGCCGGGCACCUCAAGUGAUAAGGUCGGAGGUCAUCCAGGAUUAUUCCAGACAACCGAUGCAGAGGUACCAGGGAAGAACAGGGAGAAAAACAAACGCAAGAAAAUCAAUAGAGCAAGGAAGCUGAAGGAAGAGCAGGAGGCAGCCAAGAGAGAGGAAGAGCUGGCUGAGGCUAACAAGGACGAUGAGAAGACAAUCAAGAGGCUGGAGAAGGAGCUAAAUUUUAAGAAGAAUAGAAAGACGAAAGCCAAGAUUACGCCCUCGAUCUUCAAGGCAGAUGGGCUGGACUACCUUUUGGAUUUUGUAAAUGCUGACUCGGAGGACUUUCUGAAGGAUAUUAUGCAAGACGGUGACACAAGAGGUGAUACAGACAGUGGGGAUGAUAGUGACGCAGACAGUGAGGACUCCUCACAUUCAGGCACAGUCACAACAAAUUCCAAAUUCACUAGUUCCAAAGCUGGGAGCAGAAUAGAGGAUGGUAGCGAAGGUGAUGAAAGUGAAGAUGACCAGGGGUUCUCCGGGGACGGAGACGACUUUGAUGAGGAUGAAAUAGAAAAUGAGGAGGCUGAGGUCACGUCUGACAGUGACAGUAAAAACAAACCAUUCGACAAGAAUGGGCAAUCCAGCAAAGAUUUGAAAAAUUCCAAAAAGUCGGCAAAAAGGAAACAUUUCGAAGAAAACAAUCCUGAAGAUGGUUCGGAAACGGAAACGCCUCGGAAACUACCAGAAGUGAAGAUGGAUCCGUACGGAAAUUUGAUCGGCGAGGAGAAAAAGGCGACGGGGACGUACAUUCCGCCUCAGAAACGAGCCAAGAUGAUGGGGCACGACGAGCAGAAACAGGAGCAACUGGACAGACUUCGUAAGCAGCUGAAAGGUUUAAUCAACAGAUUGAGUGAGUCUAAUGUCCAGUCUAUCAGUGGACAGAUUGAAGAAUUGUACCUCGUCAAUAGCCGCAAUGAUAUGAAUGAGCUAUUAACCCAGCUGAUAAUGGAAUCCUGCAUUAAUUUGAUUCUUACUGGUGAGAGGCUUGUCAUGGAACACGUCAUGUUGCUAGCCAUACUCAACACCAAUAUCGGAAACGAAGUGGGGGCACACUUCAUCCAAGCAGCUGCCUGCAAGCUGGACGAGCUGUACAGUCAAGGUGGUAACUACGGCGACGGUAAACAUUGCGACAACAUUGUCCUACUCUUCACGCAUCUCUACAACUUCAAGGUGAUUCAUUGCACGUUGGUGUAUGACAUUAUAAGAAAACUUGUAGACGGCUUCACCGAGAGGGACAUUGAAAUGCUGCUACUGAUCCUGAAAAAUGCCGGCUUGAUGUUACGGAAGGACGAUCCGUCAUCUCUGAAGGAGAUCAUCUUACAGAUCCAGACUAAAGCCAACACAUGCUCCGAGGAGUUCAAACAACAGUCUCGGGUUAAGUUCAUGCUAGAGACCAUCUAUGCCAUUCGGAACAACAACGUGCGCAAGAUUCCAAACUACGACCCGGCACAGCUCGAUCACAUGAGGAAGAUCUUGAGGCUGCUCAUCAAAGGCAAAGGUCACAAUGACAAUGAUGCCACCCUGCGCGUGUCUCUUGAGAAUUUGCUGAUGGCCGAGGAGAAGGGACGCUGGUGGAUCAUCGGCUCUUCCUGGGCUGGUAACCAGACUACCUUCAACCAGGACACCAGGCCCAAAGGAGAGACACCGGGAACCAGUGAUAAAACCAGCAGCUUCAUCAACGAGUUGUCACGGCAACAGCGGAUGAACACCGAUCUCCGGAAGACGAUAUUCAGUAUAGUCAUGACAGCAGAGGACUACGUGGAUGCCUUUGAGAAAGUCUUACGUCUGAACAUCAAAGGAGGGCAGGAGAGGGAAGUAGUUCACGUCCUGAUUAAUUGCUGUCUCCAGGAAGCGACCUUUAACCCCUACUACGCUCAUCUUGGCUGCAAACUCUGCCAGUACGAUAGAAAAUACAAGAUGGCGUUCCAGUUUGCAUUCUGGGACAAAUUUAAGAUUCUUAGCGAGAUGUCGAACAGUAACAAUGGCAACCUGGCGCUUCUUCUAAGCCAAAUGUUGGUGUCCAAAGCUGUCGCAAUAACUGUCCUGAAGGUGAUAGAAUUCGCUGAUAUCGACAAGUUGACCGUGCGCUUCCUCCGCCAGACAUUACGCUCGCUGCUUCUCCACCGCUCCAGAGAGUCCACCGUGGCCGUCUUCAGUGCGGUGACCUCGCUACCAAAGCUGCGCUUUUUCAGAGAGGGCCUGCGAUUGUUUCUACUUCACUUCGUGCUGCCCAAGACGGGCAGCAAGGGACAUGAAAUCGGCGACGACAUGAGACAGAAAUUGCAAGAGAGAGUCAAGCUGGCAGAUCAAACCCUGGCAGGUGAACGUCCUGACGCUCCGAUUUGAGAAUUGGAUCGAUGCGAUUAAGCAAGAAAAUAAUCAUCCCAAACCUCAGCGCCUGUGUCGCUUUGUCUAGAGGAUGACCCAACCCCUUGAACUCGCUACAUUUUGGAUGUACCAACUGUUCACACAAGUUUGAAAUUUAGAGGUUUGAGCAGAAGCAGGGCUGCGUUUUUUGUUUUACUUCCCUCGAUGGAAACUUCAUCUCUUAGGAAUAUCUGAAAGCAUUGGGAGACAAUCGACAAAUUUUGAAGUUGGGAAAAAUCCUGACAAUGGUCAUGAUAUUUAACCCUUGGGGAGUAAAAAGCAAGAACUGUUCAACAAAUCCGUCUACUGGACAAAGUUACACAGAAAUAAAGAUCCGGAGUAUUCUGUUUUCAAUGUUAUCUUAUAAUUUUGGUUUAUUAUACAUGAUGAAUGUGUUAAAUAAAAGUCCAUUACAUCUUUACGGCUACUGCGUGCCCAUUUUGUUACUCAUUCAAUUAUCAACAUAAAAACGGAGUGUACUGUUAUGGCAUCAUAAACAGUCAAAUCAAAGUACCAAUGUUGAGAAAGGGGGGGGCGAAGAA